CGCAGCAUGGCCUCGGAGCCGGCGGCGGCGGCCGGGCCGGGGCGGGCAGCAGGAAGACGCUGAGCGCGGUGACAGGCAGCACCGCGACGCUUCCUGUGCGGGGAGGGCGUAGCCGCGCUUAACGGAGAGCGACGUGCGGCUCUUCCAAUCAGAGCGGAGGGAGUGUGCAAACGUCACGGCGGUAGCGGGAGGACAUGGCGGUGGCGGGGAUCCUGGGCCGAUGGGCACCCCUGGCCGCCCGCUGCGCCGGGCUCGCCGCACGCUGCCUCACGCAGGUGCCGGCGCCGGCGGCCGCCCCGCUGUGGAAGCCGCGGGUGCUGUGGGGGAACGUCCCCGGCGGAGGCGCCGCGCCGGUGCUGAGCAGUGUCACAUCUCUACUUCCAAGUAUCCUGCAUCAGCCAGCGAGGACUGUCACCUACUAUAGUUUACACAAUGGAAAGAGGAAGACGGUGAAAGCUGUUGUUGCUCGGUUUCUCCGGCUGCACAAUGGCCUUUGGGUUAGGAGGCAGGCUGGUUAUAAGAAGAGACUGUGGAAGAAGUCAGCUUCCCAGAAGAAGCGUUUGAGAGAGUUCAUGUUGUGCACUAGAACCCAGUGUAAACUCCUCGAUAAAAUGACCACUUCCUUCUGGAAAAGAAGGAAUUGGUAUGUGGAUGAUCCCUACCAGAAGUAUCACGACCGCACGGAUCUUCGUGUGUAGGAAUCUGGGAUUCACUUUUGCAUCUCUCUAGGAAAGAGGUGGUGAUACCUGUGGUGUGGUCUUAAUUUUUGACAUAUGCAUGUCACCUCAUCAGAAUUGUGGCUGUCAGUGCCCAAAAUAAAGGAAUAUUCAAGACUUCUCUUCCAA